GUUAGCGUGGAGGUGCGCGUGUGUUCAGCAGCUGCUCUGAUGAUAUCAAGAGAGAUGAGGAAGAGGCGGGGAAACUUUCCUGCCAACAGCUUCUCUAUUUACAGAAGCACCGGUUCAAUGGGGAUGGAUAUAACGCACCACAUCCAAGUUUUACCAAAGCGCCUUUUACGCACCGGCGCACAUUUACGCACAUGCCUAAUUUCCAACCAUGAACUUGAAUUUAUUGGUAAAGAUGCAACAUUGACACUUUUCUCCACCUGCAUAUGUUUUUUAUAAUUUCAGCAUCAUCAACUUUUAAUUCAUGGUUAUAGGAAGGAUAAUGCAGCCACGUGACGACAGUGGUCCAGUUCUGACCCGGUCACAUUACACCUCCUGACUGUCCAGUUUGCCGGAUGUUUUUUCAUGUGAGCAGCAGGAUUAAAGUAUUUACUGGCCACAGGUGCUCUCUGAAGAAGGGCGGAUACAUUUGAGAGGACGCGCCAUCAAACCAAAAUGUCCUCACCGACGUCCAGACGGAACAGUUGCCGUGGGAGCCGCCGGGGCUCCAGCUGGUCUUACGUUUACCCUGGCGCUCCAACAGAGGACUCCGCCGUCAGUUUAAGUCAGCCGAUGUUCGCCAUAACGCUGCGUUUUUUGCUGGCAAUAGAUCUGUGGCUGUCCAAGCGGCUCGGCGUGUGCUUCUGCGAGGAGUCCCCGUGGGGCAGCAUACGGCCCCUGGUGCGCCUGCUGGAGUUCUCUGGACAUGUCGUCCCGUGGCUCAUCGGCACCCUGUACACUCUGCUCCGUGGAGAGACGGCGGCAGAGCAGGAGAUCAUGCUGAACUUGGCCCUGGCUCUGUUGUUGGACCUGCUGCUGGUCAGAGUUGUGAAGACUCUGGUGAGACGUCGACGGCCCGCACAGAACCGCUCUGACUUCCUCUCCACCUUCUUCGUGGAGCGUUACUCGUUCCCCUCAGGCCAUGCAACGCGGGCGGCAAUGUGUGCUCGGUUCUUCCUGGCCCAGCUGGUGGACACAGCCUCCAUGCGGGUGCUGGUUGUGGGCUGGGCCUUCCUGGUGAGCCUGUCCCGGCUGCUGCUCGCCAGACACUAUGUGACCGAUGUGGGCUUUGGCUUGGCCAUGGGUUACUGCCAGUACAGCUUGGUAGAGAGGCUGUGGGUGAGCUGGGACUGCCUUCAGGACGUGCUGCUCAUGCGACUGCGAGAGGGACUCAACAGGGCUUAUGGUGGUCUCUGGAUGGCAGCUUGGACACAUUAGAUUUGGUGGAGCUGUGUGGUGUUUCAACUUAUAUAUAGAGGAUGUGUAAGCACGAGUCUGUGUAAAUGAAAAUCUGAAUUGAAUUGUAUCAAAAUGACUCCAGUAUUUCUGUGUUUUUUAUUGUGUAUUUUCUGAAGAAUUAGGUGGAAAUAUAGAAAUUGAUGGUGUGGGCUGUCACUGGCAAGUUGUUCAUGCCCUAUUGUUUGCACCUCAAACCUGGUGACCUUAUAACAGCCUGACACCAAGGCUAACUUUAACUUAACCCUUACUUAAACAUUAAAAUCAAACUAAAAUCAGUUUUAAGUGUAGUUGUCUGUCUAACUGAGACAGCGUGUGAGUUUCAGGAUGAGUGGUGUAACUGUCGUGUGUACCUGCUUCAUGGCGGGUGUGUGGUUUUGUUCUCAGCGACAACACA